AUGAAAGGUGUACAACACUCUUCACUCUGCUCCUGCCUGUGUUCUGAAUCAGUCGUGUUUUUCGAUUGAUGCUGAUUAUAGUUUAUUUUUAAAACAUCGCUCUCAAAACAGAAACCAAGAUGGCACCACGCGUAGCAAUCAUCACUGGAUGUUCCUCUGGCAUCGGUCUUUCCACCGCUGUCAUGAUGGCUAAGGACCCCUCCAAGGGCUACAUUGUCUACGCCACUAUGAGGAACCUGGCCAAGAAGGGCGACCUGGAAAAAGCAGCGGGGGCUACGCUGAACAAGACACUCUUCAUCACCCAGCUUGAUGUGACCAGAGGCGAUUCCAUUAAGCGAGCUGUCAAAGAUGUCUUCACAAAGCACAAGCGUAUUGACAUUCUAGUUAAUAACGCAGGCCAUGGCUCAUCAGGCUACAUCGAACUGGUCACCGAUCAACAGAUGCGUGCCUUGUUCGAUGUCAACUUCUUCGGCGUGGUGCAUUUGACCCAAGAAGUACUUCCCAUCAUGAAGAAGCAACGUUCAGGUCGCAUCAUCAGCGUUAGCAGUGUGGGCGGUAUAACAGCCUGGCCUUUUGGGGAGAUCUACGCUGCCUCCAAAUUCGCACUUGAAGGUUUCACCGAGUCACUUUCCAUUGGCUACAGACCAUUCAAUAUCUGGGUAAGCAGCUGCCAACCGGGUCCAGUGAAGACUGCUUUCAUUGCCAACAUGGGAUCAGCCAACAACCAACCCGAAUUUCUUAAGCUCACUGAAGAGAAGAACAUCGACAAAGAGUCCAAAGAAGUGUGUGGAAAGAUCUUCAAGCUACUUAUUAACAGUCCAACCCAUGAUGAAGAGCAACAAACACCCGAAGAAAUCGCCAGCGUCAUCAAAGGAGCCCUUGAAGAUGAGAAACCCCAUCUACGCUACGCCACCAGCAAACUUCGCCUGGACUACGCCAAGAAGUAUUUCGUGGACCCUACGGGAGAUGCCUUCUGUGACACCAUCGUCCCACACAUCAUCCCUGACUCGCUCAAGCAGAAGAAGUAGAUCAUAACCUCAAAAAAUACCUUAAAAUACCUCAUAAACUAAUCAACAACAAAAAACAGUCGCAGAAGAGGUCUAUGUAGAGUAUAAUAUUGAUAUUUUUUUUAAACUAUGAAAGCCAAUGGUAUGAGCAGGCCUCAAUAAAUCAUAACCUCAAGAUUUGUUUUGAAUAAUGAAAGCCAGUAGCAGAAAAUUACACACUGAAACUCUUUGAUUUAUGUAAAACCGUCUGUACAUUUUGUUAAGUUUUGUUUUGUUCUUUUUUUUUGUAUCCUUAUAGAAAUCAUAAGAUGUAAAGCUUGUAGUUUACAAAUACACUGGAUACUCUGCGAUGCAGGUAAAAUGGUCUGUACAGUUUGUUUUUAUUUUCCUUAUACUAAUUCAAGUAUAUGCACAAAUAUGAACUCGUAAAAAAAAUCAAUGAUGUUUUAUUGAUACUUUUCCGGUCACAAAACAUAUUCCAUUGACGAUACAAUAAAUAUGUUUCAUAAUUGAUGCAUAUAUAUAUAUAUAUAUAUCACCCGCAAAGUAUAAUAAAUAAUGUUUCACUAAUAGCAAAACGAUGUAUUUACCUGUGCAU